CGGUCGACAGCAAGGUCAUUGGACUUGGAGGCGACUACGGACGACGAUGGGCGGGAAGAAGAUCAACAAGCAGCAGGACAAGCUGGCCAAGGCGAGCGCUUCCUCGAGCGCCCGCGCGGGCCAGCUCCUCUCGGGCGCAGCCUCGUCGGGCUUUAUCGGCUUUGGUGCCUUUGCGGCUACGGCCGCGCCGGCGCCAGCGACAUUGGCGUCCGCCGAAGAUACGGCCUCGGCAGCCUCGACCACCUUCUCGUUCUAUGAUGGCGCCGACGGCGACUUGGCACUCGCGCUCAAGAUGCUCGGGAAGCGGGAUGCGCUCACCAAGACCAAGGCGCUCUUAAACUUGAAGGACAUGAUCGUGCCGAGUCGCAAGCCGCUCGAACUGCGGCCGGCGAUCGGUCACUACUGCUACCUCUACGGGAAGCUCAUGACCGAGAACGACCGGCGCGUGCGCCAGCUCUCGAACGAAGUGCUUUUGAGCAUGCUCGAGAAGAUGAAGAAGGCGACGGUCUUCCACAACCACAUCGCUCUGCUUUUGCCGUCCUGGUACGUCCUCGCCAUGCACGACAACCACGUCGAGACGUCGCGCCUCGCCUUGCGCGCGUUCCAGCUCCUCUUUCCGACGCUUCUCGACCAGCAAGCCGUGCUCUCGACCCACAUGGAGCUCCUCACGACGACCAUCCGAACGUACCUCGCUGCCAAGGUCGACGAUCUCAGCGACCGCGACAUGUACAGCGCUGACGAGGCCGAAGAGCGCUACGAACGCAUCCUCACGUCGUCGCUCCUAAGUCUCGGGAAGCUCGUCGAGAUGAUGGCGUCGUCUGUGUCGUCGCACCUCGAGCCCGACGGGCACCUGCACCACUUGCUCACAUCACAGGCGCUUUCGCGGCAAACCACCGCGUCCGGCAAGAGCCCGACGUUCUCGCGGGCGUGCGUCCGCCUCGGCGCGUACAAGGCGCUCACGUCGGUCCUCACGCACACGACGUCGAUCGCCUUGGAAGCCAAGGUGAUUCUGAGCACGUUCCAAGAAAAAGUCCCGGGCAACCAUGACGCCAUGUGGACACUCGUGCUCUCGUUUGUCCAGAAGACCCCGAGUCUUCCGUGGGCGGCGCUCCAGAGCGCGUGUGUUCCCCGCCUUCUCUCGCUGCUCAAGCACGGCUUUUACGGCUCGGGCGCGGGGUCGUAUCCGAAUGUGCUGCCGCUGCUCGCGUCCAUGCCACUGCCCGUCGCCGCCAGCGUCUACCCCCAGCUGCUCUCGGCGCUCUGGAAAGGCCUCGAGACACCGCACGUUGUGCAGAUUGAAGGCGACGUCGUCGCGUCGUUUCUCGAGUGUCUCGGCGCCAUGGCCACCAUCUUCUUGUCGUCGCCGUCGUCAGAGUCAGAGUCUUUUCAUGUGGCUUUUGAUCCAUCGGCGUACGUCCAGACAACGUUUGCGCCAGUGCUUGCGAGCGUCCUCCCGGCCGUGCUCCGGUCGUCAGUCUCGGACCGCGCAUUCGCCGCCUUCUCCAAGCACGUCUUUGCGCUCCUCCCGCGCGUGGCGAGCUUCCGCGACGGCCGAAGGACCCUCUUGGCGGCCACGACCGACGACACUGACAAGGACAAGGCCCAAUGGCUCCAUAAGGUCGUCGACGUCCAAGAGGCCUUUCUGGCGCUCUUCCACAACACGCUGCAUGACGCGUGCGUCGAGACCGUCGUGACGCACGUCGCGUCGACCGCGUUCUUGCCCGAGCGGCUGGUGGGCCUUUUGGCGCAUGCCCGCGCCACGUACCAAAAGCAAACCGACGGCGUCUUGCUCGCAACGUAUUUGCACCCGCUCGUCCGAGCCGUCUACGCUGGUAUCCUCGGUAGUAUUGACGUUGCGCAUCCGCUCUCGCGGCAGUUUCUGCUCCUAUCGCAGCUCCUCGAUGUGUUUGGCCUCGAGCACGCCACAUCAGAUCCCGCGACGCAGUAUUCCUCGGUGCUCGCACCGGCGUUGCCGCAACUGCAGCCGCCGACGGACUUUUUUAAACUCUUUUGGCACUACGUCCAAGCCCUCCCGAAGCAGCGGUCGGCCAUGUGGCAGGAUCUCACGCGCCGCAUGGACAUGAUGGACGACCCGCUCUCGGCGGCCAUCGCGGUGCGGUCGCUCGCGCUGAAGUCGGCCGAUGCGUCGCUGGCCGAGUGGACGAUAGGCGUCGCGCCCGCCGCGUCGCUCUGGGGCGUGCUCUGGGACAGCGCGUGGCUUGACCGACACGUGAACGCGCUCUUGAUCGACGGCGCGAUGCGGCCCUGGACGUCGGCCGAGACGCUCUUCUUGGCGUCGUGCUGGGCCGAUGCUGGCGUCCCCGUCGUCUCGAAGAAGACGCUGGACGCGGCGGUCCUCUUCUGCGACAAGUUGCACGCGUCGAUGCCGGAGAACGUGCUCUCGCUGCUCGAGUCGCUCCUCCCGCAUGUCGAGCGAAGUGAGAAGGCUCUCGACCUCGUCUUGCACGUGGUGCGUGCGAUGGACGCGGCGAAUCCGACCACGGCCCACAGCGCGCAGUGUCUCUGGAACGAGCGCCUCCGCCCGCGCGUGCGGUCCUUUUGGCCAUUCGCGCAAAAGACGUUGCUGCAGACCAAGUGGGCCGCGUCGCUCAACGCCGGGUUUGCGACCGAGGACGCGGCGGCGUGGGCGGCCUUUGCCAGCGCCUACUUGCACCUCGACGACGUGUGCGCGACGACCAAAUCCGCGCUGCUUGAGGCGCUCGACGCGUUGCAGACGCCGUCGUACCGGCAGCUCGAGGUGUUUGCCGAGCUCUGCCACGUCGACCACGGCGCGCUGGUCCGCGGCAACGACUGCUUUACGAACGUGGAUGCGCUCUUGCAGCUCGUGUACCUCGACGUCGGCUUUGCGUUGACGUGGUUUACGGUCGACAGCACGCACGUGGCGCCGCGCGAGAUGCUUGAGAGCAGCGUCUCGAGCAGCUGGCUCGACGCGUACGUGCUCCUUGGCCCGCUCUACGAAGCGCCGGUCGUGCCACUGCUGCUAAAGAAAGCGCUCGCGCUCACCGAGGAGGAGGCGGCGCCGUGGCUCCAAGUCGUGCUGACCACCCACAUUGACAACCCUGCGCUGAAGAGCAGCGUCGUGCUCGGCCACGGGAAGGCGCCCGACAGCACGCUCCUCCGGUCGACGCUGGUGCAGCUUCUCGUCGACGCGCUGCCGUCGUCGCAGGUCGCAUCGAUCGUCACCAAAGACCUCUUGGAGCAGCACCCGUCGCACGCGUCGAUCUUGCUUCGCCGGCUCGGCACCUCGACCGACGUCUUGGCCGAUGCCAUGGCCGCGCUCGACGAAUCACCGAUCGAGGCGCUGUCGACGCACGGCGCGUCGUUUGUCGCGUUGCUGUCGUCGGCUCCGAACGAUGUCGACGUCGACGCGCUGCUGGCGAAAUGGACGCGGCUGCUCUCGACCAACAGUCUGCGCCGCCCGCUCGCGAUCGACGAGUGGAUCGUUUUGUGCCAGGUGGCGACGACGGUCUUGUCGUCGCGCCCGACCGCGGUGCGCCUUGCCAUGCAGCUGCUGCAGAGUGCGUUCUCGGCCAAGAACGACAUGUCCGACGUCGUGGGCCUCAAGAUGCACACGGCAUCUGACGCGAGCGCGAAGAUCCUCCGCCUCCGGUCGCAGCUGCUCCAGCUCAUCUCGGCGGUCGCCAGCACGGGACGGGACCACAUGGACCUCGAGCUCGCGCGCCACCACCGCGACGCGGUCCUCGCGACAUCGCUGCAGGCGAUCGCGGGCGGUCUCGGUACGCGGGCGCGCGUCCAGACGAGCUUCGUGCACUGCAACGACCUCGGCGCGUGCAUCGACUUGGUGCAUGACGCGAUCGCAGCCGACACGGCGGUCGCCAACGGUCUCUUGACACUCGGCGACGUCAUCGCGUUCGUGGACCUUCCCGCGGACGCAGUGGCCACGACGAUUCUCAGCGUCUUCAACGGCCGCGACGUGCUCUGGACCGCGCUCACCACGUCGGUGUCGCAUCCCGUGCUGAAGGGUGCCGUCUACGCGCUGCUGCGCUUGACCAACUUGGCGGUCCUCGCCGAUGCCGAGGCGACCGGUGUCAACCUCGAAGCCGACGACGAAGCCGCGACCGAGGCCGCGAUCACAGAGCUGCUCAUCACGCCCGGUCUCGCGACCGCGCUCCAAACCAUCUCGAACUCGCCCGGGAGCGCGACCGAGUCGUUGGCGCAGUUUCUGCUCUGGGACUUGUAUCUGCGCAUGUUUCCCGAGACGCCCAGUCCGCUGCUCACGUCGGCGCUGGGCGCGUACGUGCGUCCGCAGCUCUCGUCGCUCCUGCUCUCGUGCGGCGACCACGUCAAGUCGAUUUCGCUCUCCGAGCGCCAUCUCGAGUCGGCCUUUCCGUCGCUGGCGACCGCGCAAAUCGACUUUUCCGACCGCUUGUCGCCGCUCGCCGCCGCGCUCUUCUAUCGCACCGUGCUCAAACUGCCGACGAUGGUCCGGCUCUGGUGGAACGACGAGUGCAGUCGCAGUGCGCGGUCAUGGGUCGCAAAAUUCUGCGAAGAGAACAUCUCGCCGCUCUUGCUCCAGGAAGAAAUCGCGGCUAUCCACGCCUCGUCCGAGAAGGACCUUUGGGACCCCGAGGAGAUGACGGUCCGCGGCAGCAAGGUCUCGCGCGAGAUCAUCACGUCGUACAUCAAGGACGAGUGUUCGUUGGAGAUGGUCAUUCGCGUGCCGGCGUCGUACCCGCUGCGGUCGGUCGAGGUCGAGUGCACCAAGCGCAUCGGUAUCUCCGAAGAGCGCUGGCGGCGCUGGGUGCUGCAGAUCAUCAAGGUCACGUCGUCCCAGGACGGGUCGCUCCUCGAUGCCGUCUUGCUCUGGAAGACCAACGUCGACCGUGAGUUUGACGGCGUCGAUCCCUGUCCCAUUUGUUACUCGAUCCUGAACCCCAAGACGAUGGGCUUGCCCAACUUGCCGUGCAAGACGUGCAACAACAAGUACCACAACUCGUGCCUCUACAAGUGGUUCAACCAGUCGAGCAAGAACAAGUGCCCGAUCUGCCAGCAGCCAUUUUGCUAAUGUAGCACAGGACAAUAAGACAAUAAGACAAUAUACACACGAUGCA